AUGUCUGCGGUCCCUAUGUUGACGCUGGCCUCUGGGGUCCGUAAGGCUGCUCACCCCUUGAGGACCUACUACGCGCCAUUGAUGAGGGCCCGCGUGAUGGACGCCCGCCCCCAACCCCCCACCCUCCUCCACGCGUUCAUCCCUCGCUGCGGCCCUCCCUCCCUGCUUUCCCUUUCUCUCCGCUCUCCUGGCGCGAAUACUAUCUUUGGAGGGGCCUUCCCCUCGACUCAGUCGCUGCGCUGCUGCUGCACACGAGGGGCAGCAUCAGCCGCAUUGGCAGCAUCAAUCGGGGGGGUGUGGGCUGCGCACUCGCCCCUCCUUCUGCAUCCAUGUGCUUGGUGGGCAUUCAUGCAUAGUCACACAGGGAGGCACACUACCACUGGCACUUGUGACUUUUCAACCCUGCCUCUCCAUCCCGCUUCUCCUCCCCGCCUCUCCCCCCCACCUCUCCCCUCCGCCUCUCCCCCCCACCUCUCCCCUCCGCCUCUCCCCCCCACCUCUCCCCUCCGCCUCUCCCCCCCACCUCUCCCCUCCGCCUCUCCCCCCACCUCUCCCCUCCGCCUCUCCCCCCCGCCUCUCCCUCCCGCCUCUUCCGUUCGCCUCUCCCUCCCACCAUUCCUCUCACCACGCAAUGCACCACCAGGGGCGGAAGAGGUGGCUGAAGAGGUGGCAGCACUGGCGGAGCUGUGUCUACUGCUGCCGGGGGUAGACGUGUGUGUGAACCUCAUUGCCUCCUGCAUGUCAAUGGACAGCAAGCGCAUUCUGUUUCCGCAUCCUCCCAACUUAGAGCCCUGCAAUCCACCUCCUCCUGAACCACUGCGUGCCCGAACAUUCCUUGCCGAACCACAAUCCGUCAAACCACACCUUGCCGAGGCACAGCCUACUGAAAGGCAACAAGGAGUGGCGUGUGGCAUGUAG